AUGUUAGUCACAAAUACCAACAACCGUGCCCCUCCAGUCAAGUCGAACUCGAAAUGGGCUCCCGGGGUCCCAAGCAAAGAGUCGAAUACUGCCACUCUUCACCAAACAGCCAAAGCAUCUCCUGCCGCUGACAAGCAAGAAACCACUACGACCGAGUGGACCUUCAAUGCUACUCGCGACGGCGAUAACCUGGCUCUGUCAGAAGAACAGUGCAACAUCGCUUUCCCAAAGCAAUACACUGAUAUCCAUAACAAUGUCGCUAACCUCACCUCUAACCCAAUCACCCUGUCCGAUCUCGAUGAACAAGACCAGCACGAUCAGCGCAUCCGCGCCAUCAUCUAUGACGGUGAAUUGUAUAUCAUCUCCAGACACGGUAAUAUGUGGGUGCAAAACGGCGUCGCCACCGCUCACGCCCUGCAACGCGCCCUUUCCGCCUUUCCCGAUCGCAAAUCUCUCCCCAACAUCGAGUUUUUCGUAUUCACCUUCGACAUCGUCGGCGAGAACAAAGCCGUCUGGACCUAUACCAAGCCCGCUCACGAUACCGAGUUUAAGAAUCAAUGGCUUAUGCCCGAUUUCGGUUACUGGGCCUGGCCGCACGCCCACAUCCGUAGCUACAAUCACAUCCGCAACGAGAUACGCAGGGUCGAGGACCAAGUCGCCUUCGAGGAUAAGACGCCGCAGCUGGUAUGGCGCGGCAACAAGAACACAGCGCCCGAACGGCCUCGCUUCUUGGAAGCCACGGAUGGCAAGGACUGGGCCAACGUUAGCGCGAGUGGAUCCGCUUACCUCACCCUGUGGGAUCACUGCCGCUUCAAAAUGCUGAUGGACAUCUCGGGACGCAGUUGGAGUGGAAAGGGCAAAUACAUACAAAAUUGCGAGAGUGUUUACGUGACACAUACGCCUAAGUGGUUAAAGACUACCACUUACGCGCUGGAGGCUGAGGGAGCCGAGCAGAAUUUCGUGCAGGUCAAGGACGAUUGGAGCGAUCUCGAGGACAAGGUCAAAGAAGUGUUGGAGACUCCGCGUACGGCGGAGAGGAUUGCGAAAAAGGGUGUGGAGGAUAUGAGAGAUCGCUAUCUGACUCCAGCUGCUGAGGCUUGUUACUGGCGCGCAUUAAUCAGAGGGUAUGGGAGAGUCAGUUUCGAGCCCCAAUUGUAUGAAAAAGAUGGUUCAACAUUAAGAGGGGUGCCGUUUGAGACUGUUGCUAUAUCUCCGUCGAUUGAUCUGGAGAAGUGGUGGGACUUCUGA